AUGCAACCAUACAACAGCAAAGACGACAAAUCUGUUAUACGCAUACCCAUCCCAGGAUACUCGCUCACCAGCCAGGGUGGUGAAGUCACAGUCUCGUACAUGCCACAGAAAAUGGACCCCACAAGACUUCACAAUGCGAUCGGACUCACGUAUCGAGCCCCCAGCAGCAAGACAACUUCCGUGAAUGGCUCUGUUGUUAACCUGCUCAACCUUCCACCAACACCUCAAGAUUCUCCGAUGGCAGGCAAUUUUCUGGACCUUGUGGUUGAUAGGAACGACUCUCUGACACCUCCUGACUCGCCUAUGGAACCUGAAGUAGACUCGCCUACUCUUCCGCCAGUUGAGAAGACUAUCAGCGUUCUAUACAGUCCCCACGGUGUAGCAUAUGCUGCGGUCGAGCCCUACGCAUCAUCAUUCUUGGCUAGGNNGGAGUCUGCAUUGCCAUUGACUGCUUUGUUUCACUCCAUCAAUACCGAGGAAAACCCUUGGUUCAUGGGUGGUGUUGUAGCAGCAGGAUAUCCUGGAGGCGCCGAAAUCGUUCGAAAGUUGGGAGCUUGCUACUGGAUCAGCGCACAUGAUGAAGUCAAAGAUAACAGAGGUUGGUCUGUAGCAUGGAUCAAGAGUUCAGUGUACUCUGCCGAGGAAGCACAGCAAAAGCUGGACGAGGAAACCAAGAAUAUUGCAUCACACCAGGACAGGAAGCAUGGAAGAGCGAAUUACAAGACACAGAUUGUCAGACUGGAUGUGGGAGAACGGUUACGCAUCGUAUGA